AUGUCAGUGGUAACCUAUAUUUCUGCCAUAAGGCUCUUUUUCUCGGUCCUAUUUCCUACUUAUAAAUCCAUUUUUGCUUUUAUUUUUAUUUCACUUUUCUUUUAUUCCUUUCUCUCUUAUUUUUUGUUUUCCCAUAUUGCUUUCUUUCUUUCUUUCUUUCUUUCUUUCUUUAUUCGUCAUUGCCUUUUUUUCAGUUUUCUUUUUCAAUUUUUAUAUCUCCAUUUGAAUCUCUCUACUUUUUCAAAUCAUACUUCCCGCUUUUUUCUCCGUUGUUCAUUUUUCUAUUUUAUUUCUUUUUCUUUCUUUCUUUCUCAUAUAUUUUUUCCCUUUCCUUUAUUUUCAUUUUUCACUAGAGUCAUUUUUCUGUUUUUUCUUUUGAAAGUAUUCUGUAUUUGCUUUCACUUUUAUUCAUUUCUCUUCCGUGUCUUAUUUUCCUAUCUUUCCUUCCGUCCUUAUUUAUCGUGCCAAAUUCUUGGAUCGAUUCCAAGAAAAAUUGUUGUCGCUGGGCUGUUACCAAUUCACUUCGGAAACAGCGGACACCGACCAAAACUUUAUCCGUCUUUCUUCCACUUCAUGCUCCUCGCUCGUUCCUUGCUUCUCCUUCAUCUUCAUCUUGAUCCUCCUUCAGCCGGUUUUAGUUUUGUUGUUAUUAUUAUUAUUAUUGUUUGUUGUUGUUGUUUUUUUCUUGUUCUUUUUCUUUUUCUUGUUCUUUUUCUUUUUCUUGUUCUUUUUCUUGCUGUUCUUCUUCCUGUUCUUGUUCUUCUUUCCAUUUACUUUUUAACUCCUCCUACGCUCAACUUUUUUCUCUUUCAUUUUUUCAUCUAUUUUCAGCUAUUCUUUCGUCUUCCUUAUUUUCAUUCUCUUUUUAUCAUUUGUUCUCUCUCCUUUUCUUAUCCACAUUCUGCUCUCUUCCUUUUUCUUAAUGUCCAUUUUAUUCUCCGUUCUUCUACCCUGACCACUCCAUUUAUUUCUUGUUUUCAGUUCGUUCUUAUCUACUUUCUUUGUCGUGUACUCAUUUUUGAUUUCUUUCUUCAUUUCUUUUCGAAACCACAUUUUUUAUUUUCCUACCUCUUCAAUUUUAUUUUCCUUUUCUACUCCUAA